GAAGGAAGGAAGAGCAGCUCCCCAACCAUGAGCUCCAGCCAGCCAGGGACCUGCCCAUGCCAGGGUGCUGCAGGCCGCCCAGCCAUUCUGUACGCACUUCUGAGUCCUAGCCUCAGGGCUAGGCCCUCUGUGCCCCCAGCUCGGAAUCACUGCCUGUGCAGACAGCAUCGGCCCGUCCGGCUGUGCGCUCCGCAUCGCACCUGCCGGGAGGCCUUGGAUGUUCUGGCCAGGACAGUAGGCUUCCUCAGGAAUCUGCCGGCCUUCUGCCAGCUGCCCCCUCAGGAUCAGCAGCGGCUGCUGCGGGGCUGCUGGGGCCCCCUCUUCCUGCUGGGGUUGGCCCAAGACACUGUGACUUUCGAGGUGGCCGAGGCCCCGGUCCCCAGCAUACUCAAGAAGAUCUUGCUGGAGGAGCCCAGUAGCAGCACAGGUGGUGGCCAGCUGCCGGAUCGGCCCCAGCCCUCACUGGCGGCGGUGCAGUGGCUUCGGGGCUGCCUGGAGUCCUUCUGGAGCCUGGAGCUGGGCCCCAAGGAAUAUGCCUUCCUGAAAGAGACCAUCCUCUUCAAUCCUGACGUGCCAGGCCUCCAUGCCUCCUCCCACAUCGGACACCUGCAGCAAGAGGCUCACCAUGCACUGUGGGAGGUCCUGGAGCCCUGCUGCCCCGCUGGCCAAGGCCGCUUGGCCCGUGUCCUCCUCACAGCCUCCACCCUCAAGUCCAUCUCACCCAGCCUGCUUGGGGACCUCUUCUUCCGCCCGAUCAUUGGAGACAUUGACAUAGCUGGCCUUCUUGAGGACAUGCUUUUGCUGAGCCAACCUAUUCCAGCUCAGGUUGAGAUCAAGUGUAGGUGGGGCAGAGGCUGGCAGCCCUGACUUGGGCCAGAUGUCCCCAGGGGUGACCCAGUGUUCCCGGGAUGGGGGGCAGUCUGUAUAGGCAGGCUUCAGCUCCCCUGGAAUAAGCUGGUUGUGGCCCAACAAGAUGGGCUCUGGGGCCCCUCCCUCACCACAGCCCCUCUUGGCCUUUCUUCGUUUGACAUGGUGCUCCAGCUGUCCGGCCAUCCCUUAGUGGUCCUCAGAGCCUCUGGGCCAAGACUCCUGACCUCUCCUGAGAUGGGGAUGGAAGCUUAGAUUGCUCAUUGGGACAAGAGUCCUACUGACUUUGUACAGAAGUGAUUUAAGUUAUUGGUUUUUGUAAUAAAAGGCAUGACACCCUUGGA